UUUAACUCAGUUUUUCAGUAUGCACUAGUGUUAAAUGUCGUGUUCUGGAAAAUUAGAUCCUUUUUGCUAACCUCUUGCAUUACCUAGCUAGCUUAUCAGGGAAUCAGCCUGCUAAUUUAACUUCAGUCUUUGUCAUAUAACUGUAAUUCAUGUGGAUUUGUGGGUCCUGACGACCAACAUGCAAUCUGGUUUGGACUUUAAAGGGAACAUACACAUCAAAACAGGAGUGUUCUAGAAAUGAGUUGCACUUUCCACCUCCUGGUUUCCCGCAGUGACCUCUACCAUGGCCGCUUUCUGCUCAUCUGGUCUCGACAAUCCUUGUUGUUCAGAGCACUCAGCUCUUGCCCCCAGAUCAGCCGCAGUCUGCAAGAGAGCUACAGACUUCUGCAACUGCCUGAUGAGGGACACAGCAGUCCUGCGCAGGUCAAAGAGGCCUACCUGCGCCUGGCAAAGCUCUACCACCCGGACUCUGGGGCUCCGACUGCAGAUGCAGCACUGUUUGCCCGUGUUGAGGAGGCCUACCGUGCUGUGCUGGCACAUCAGAGCAAGACCAAACAACCUGACUGGGAGAAGGAAGUGGAAGAUGAGGAUAAGAGCAGAGGUGCAGCACUUCAACACAGACACUACCUCAGCUAUGAGGGUAUAGGCUCAGGCACACCCAGCCAGCGUGAGCGUCAGUACCGGCAGAUUCGUGUCGACCGGGCAUCUGAGCAGGUUUUGAACUACCGGCAGAGGGAGCACGAGAGGGCAGCUGCUGGAGACGGAGCGCUGGUGGAAAGGGACAUGCGUCAGCGCAGCCAGAAGAUCAAGAUCACCCAAGCUGUAGAACGGCUUGUGGAGGACCUGAUCCAGGAGUCCAUGGCCCGUGGAGACUUCAGGAACCUGAGUGGAGCUGGAAAGCCCCUCAACAAGUUUGAGCAUAAUCCGUAUGCUGAUCCUAUGACCCACAACCUCAACCGCAUCCUCAUAGACAAUGGUUACCAGCCGCCCUGGGUCGUCACACAACGCGACAUCCGAGAGACCACUGCUCAGAUCCGAAAGAGGUUAUUGGAGGGGAGGGCCAUGCUUGGUGACCCCAUGACCCCCAAAGAACGCAGCCAAUGGGAUCAGCUGUGUCUAUCUGUAGAGGAGGAGUUGGUGAAACUUAACAAGAUGGUGGACAAUUACAACCUCAUUGUACCGAUGCUCAACAUGCAGAUGGUUCACUUCAGUUUGUCCAGAGAGACUGACCGUGCUGUGAAAGGAGUCCACCAACACAGACUGGAGCAGCAGAGACAGAGAGAGAAGGAGCGAGAGAGGAGGAAGGAAGAGAAAAAAAGAGCCAAUGAAGUAACUAAGCCUAAAAAAAACAAACAAGGCCUGAUGUCAUGGAUGCAAAAUUUGCUUAGAUGAAUUGAACCUCUGAAUCUAAGUGAACAUAAAAAAAUAUUUGACAUCAGUGGUUUAUUUAUUUUUUUCACUUAAACCCAUCAUUAUAGUCCAACGGGCAAUAUUUCAGAAGCACCUGUUCACCGUUUUUGCGCACACUCUGAAUCACAGUCGGGUACAAUGGUUCCAUUUAACCAAUUUUACUCUGUGUUACUACUGUUAUUCUCCAGAUAUGCAGGAUUGUAAUCAGGUGUUAGUGGAAGAGGUUGAAGUACCUUGUGACUGUAAAGUGUGAGGAACUGCAUGUGUUGGUAACUAAGGUUACAACAUGAGGCAAUUUUAUGAUAAAAGUUGUUUCUGUGAAAUUACUAAUCUGAAAAUGCAAACCUAACACUAACUUUUGGUUGCUAUGUGACAUUAUAAGUUAAGGUAAUUAAAAAUCGUGUGUAAUAACAUUUCUGUGUUGCGAUGUCACAUUUUUGAAUCUGGGAAGUGUCUCAUUCUAAGCUGGCAGCCGAUCCAGUGUUGCCCGGUUGCAGAUGAUGACUGGCUCCCUGCUGCUGGCUCCGUUACCCCCAGCCUCCCCGUGCAGAGCCUGAGCGACGGCCCUGGAUGGAGUCAUGACCUUGUUCCAGUCUUGAGCGAUAUACUGAUGGUAUGGGUCAUGAGAGCUUUCCAGCUUCUUGGAGCGUAUGUAGCUGAGCAUGAUGCCGAACGUGAAGAAGCUGAACAUGCCAACCACCAGAAGGAUAUACAUGAUUCCCUGCGACUGAGCAUGGACCCUAGCUCCAGUCACGAAGUGCACAGCCUGCUGCGUGGUGUAGUUCUGAGGUAUCGGUGGGGACAGUAUACUUGUACUGUUGAGGCAGUGCUGCAGUAAGGACACCAGGAGCGACUGCAGCCCAGUGGUGUUGAUGUGCGACAUGGCUAACCUCUGUUGGACGCUCAGCAAACUGCAACUGAGGAGGAAGAGGAGGCUGUGAAAAAAAAGAUCUCACAGGAAGGAUCACCACCUUUAUUAUCUCUGCAGAAAAUGUACUUUAUUUCAGUAUUGCAUUAUUUAGUCUGAUUAAUAUGUAAAUGAUUCAUCCCAACCCACUUACAACACAGCAAGAGGCAACAGACAAAAAGAAAAGCAUGAUUUCUGAGUUGUAGAUGACUAAUAUCGGAAGUUGCUUGAAGAUUUGAUAUGUUCUCCCUUAAAAUCCACUUUGGAUACAUUAGGUUUAUAUUAAGACAUUAGAAAAAAAGAUGAAGGAGCGAAGUGGGAGACACGAUAUACAAGAAUGAGGCUGUAUCUCAGACUGAGAAAAUGACCCACAUCUCACAGUGAUUUUAAAUAAAACUCAUCCAGGAGAAGGAACCAAGAACAAGUAAUACAUUUCAGGAUACUCUUUUGUUGUCAUAUUUUCAAAGUAAACAUGGGGAAUGUAUUCUCUGACUCCAAACCCACAAACUUGAUAUUGAAUGCUGGAUACACAUUUUUUUUUAUUUAAUCAUGGCUGAUCUCUCAGAGUUAGUUUUGGGUUUUAUGAGAGUGAAAGUGAAGUGUAACAAUAUACAGGAUUAUUCGGGCCUUGUUCAGUAGAAAGAAAAGCCUACCUUUCAAGGAUCCGGAAUCAGUUCCUGACGUUAUUGGCAUCAGCAAACAUCAGUCAUUUCAAGUCACCUGUAUCCAGCAGGACUAGAAGAAUCUGGUAGCCCAGGCAUCCCAAAGCCACUUUGAGUAAAAAUGUACAACCCCUCUUCUCUUAGUCACAUAUUCUGCCCUCCUUCCAUGCUUUUACGACAAAGAGAUAUGCAGCAUGUUCAACAUGUCAACACGUUUAAUGAAACGAGGAGGUCACAGGGCAAGGUCAAAAGCUCAGUGUAGUGAGGCAGCGGUGUAGCAUGACUUAAACCACUGUGCUAUAAUCAGCUACAAUGAACAGUUUAGAGCUAGGAUACUGUCUUUAGAUCAGACCUUAUUGGAACAGUGUUAAUCUGGUCAAAUUUCAUGAAAAUCAUAAGAACAAUGUGUUAAAAUUCGCUUUAACGUGUUUAUGUUACAACUGCAUGUGGCAAAGACUACCCAUUUUGUGCCAAGUAAUCAGGGUCUUCUUCUUCUGUCAUUUCUUCUU